AUGUUAAUGGCUGAAAAGAUAUCUGUGGCAGUGUUUCUCCUUAUUGCCGUCUACAAAGUUCAAAGCGUCCAAGAGAACUUAAACAUUACUGCGUUAUAUCCGGUUAAUAGUACAAACAUUCCUAAAGAAAGUACGGAAGUAAUAUCAAAUAUCACUGAUAAAUAUGCACAUGACUCUAAUGAAAUAGAAAAAUCUCAAGAAAAUAAAGAAAAACCUACCAAUGUAAAAAGCGCAAAAACUGAAACUACAACUUGGAAAGUUGACGCUGUAUUAACGCUACCAAAGGAGGAAGUUAAGGAAAUUGUUUCAAAAUCAAAGGGAAAAGAUAAGGAAUUUAAACCAAGUCAACAAUUGGAAAGUUUUUAUGUUGAAAGCUCGUUUGUUGUUCCUACCGGGAAGAGUCUAGGAUCUUUUACUCCAGACAAAGGCUCCUCGUCCUUUGUAAGUUCCAACAACUUUUUUAAGUUAGACUACAAUCACCCAAAGGCCAGCCCAUAUAAAUUCGAAAACGACUUUAAACCAAUUAAAGCAUACGAAUAUGACUCGAAACCAACCGCAGAAGUUCCUGUUAAGAUUCCAGCUGGAACUCUAUACAAGUCUCCAGACCCUUUCAGAGACAAACCGGCAUCUGAUGGACAUGACGACUUUAGCUUAGAAUUCAACGAUGGAAAAGAAAAGGAAGUUAAGAAAAGGAAAAAUCCGUGGCAGGGGCUUCUCAACUUAGUAACAGCAUUGUUGCCUAUCGGCAUAAUCGUGUCAGCCCUUACUCCAAGCAUCGUGACGUUAGAAUCCACUGAUAAUAAUAAUUAUAAUUAUGGAAACCAUUUUUCACGACGUGCGGAUAAAAGACUGCCCGACAUAAGUGAGCGAUGUAAACGACGGUUGCUUUGUGAAAUUCAUUCAGAAAAAAACUAUUAUCGCAAUCAAAUCGGAGGGCAACAAAAGCAGUGCUAUAAGGUCUACUAA